AUGUCCGCCAUUGAUCUUGACCAAGUAGUUGUAGAAACAGACGAAGUUCGCAGAGACGAUCGCGAAAAAUGUGAGCAAUGUGGGGAAGUGAUUGUGGACCAAGAAAUUGUUAUCGCUCAAGGAAAGAUUUGGCACAAACAACAUUUUCGCUGCAGCAAUGAUCGAUGUGAUGUGAUGCUUCAAGAGGACUAUCAGGCAAAAAAAGGAAAAAUACAGUCAGAUACCUCAUUAUAA